AUGGUUAUAUGGUUUAAAUUUGAUACUAAAACUGUUAUAAAAGUAUCUCAAAAUAUUCAAGUUUUAAACAUUUCAGUGAAUAAUAUAUUCCCCAUGGAAAUUUUGGAAUUAAUUGUAAACUAUGGUGAUUUAAAAGCCUCAACCAUGUUAAUGAUCAAUAAGACAUUUUUCAUAACAUUUUCAUCAAAACUUUAUAAAUCUUUACAUUUAACAAUAGUUCUAAGUAAACUUACCAAAAUGAAACUUAAUGAUACAAAUUUUUUAAAAUAUGGUCCUGAUUUAUUGAAUAUACCAUGUGAUUCAUAUUCUAUAUAUGAAAGAAAUAAGAAUAGUAAAAAAUUUGAUUAUGAAUUUUUAGAUACUGAAAUUAUUCCAGAUCAAAUACUUAAUGAUAAACUUUAUGAUGAUUUAGAUCAUGAACACCCAAGAACUAAAACCCCAACAGAAGUUCGAAGUUUUUCUAAAAUUAUUCAUAUUAUUGAAGCAAUCAUUCAUAAUCCAAAUUCUAAAAUGAGAUGCUUUAUAAAAGAAGUUAUUAUUGAUAUCUGUAUUUUAGAUGGAUUUAAAGAACUUUUUGGUAUUCAAACAGAAGGUUCUAAUUUAAUCCGUGAAUUAGUUACCAAAACUCAAAACAAAGAUAUUAUUAGUGCUUCAAGUUCAGCUAAUAAUAGAACUAAAGUUAUACCUAUUGAUGAUACUUUCCAAAGAAAUAGAUGGAAUGAUUCUUUUGAAUCAUAUGAGAAAUUUAAAGAAUUCUCAGCUAGGACAUAUACUGAUCCCAAAAAAUCUAAAAUAUUUAAUAUCUUUCCCCAAAAUGUCUAUUUUAAAGAAUUAUUAACUAUUUAUUUAACUUCCAUAAAUAAUUAUCCUACUGAAUUAAGAAGAUCAUUAUUUCAUAUCCAAAAUAGAACUCAUUUAGACCAUUGUAAUCAUUUUCGAUAUUGGGAAAAAUUAAUGAGAUUGAAAUCAACACGGCCAAUUUAUAAUAGAUCAAAUCCAAAAACUCGUCAAAAUAUAACAUUUAAUUCACAAUUAUGUGUUGAUAUAACAAAACGAGAAUUUAAAACAAAAGAAGAUACUAAUGAUUUUUUACAAAAUUUAAUUAAAAUUUUUGGUAAUCCAAGUUAUGUAAAGACAAGUGAUUUUAGAUCUUCCAUAUUAAUUACAGGUCCAAGAGAUUGUAAACCUGAAAUAAGUCAUCAAUUUACUCAGGAUGUAAUAUUUGGAAGUGAAGAGUUGGUUAAUUAUGAUAUGUUUAUGAUAUUGUUGAAUAAGGGUUGUCAUAAUAGCUAA